AUGGCACCAGAAGGCAAAAACAACACAACUGAAGUCAUAAUUUCCUGUCAACCAAACUUUACCUGCGAUUUACUGAGAAUAUUCCCUUACUUGAUAGCUGUUGUCAUCAUAUGUGGAAACCUCCUCAUAAUCAUGUCUGUCAUUUAUUUCAAACAGCUUCACACUCCUACUAACUAUCUCAUUUUCUCCCUGGCUGUGUCGGACUUACUUGUGGGUCUUUUAAUCAUUCCUCUCAGCAGAGAAUUCAGUAAGGAUUACUGUAAGACGCAUGGAGGUUUGGUUUGUAGAGCGCAACAAUGCUUUAAAGUAACACUGACCACAGCUUCUAUUCUGAAUUUAAUGUGUAUUUCCAUAGACAGAUACUACGCAGUGUGUAAACCUCUGCUGUAUAAAACUACAAUCACUGUUAGUGUCGUUGUGUUCAUGAUCUUGUUGAGUUGGAGUUCUUCAUUUCUACUGUCUGUUGGUUUUGUGUUUGCAACCUUACACUAUGCAAAAUGCGGAGAAGAAUGUUAUAUUUAUGUUUUUAUGGUGAAUGUUUCAGGGCCCAUUUUAACCUUUUACCUUCCUAUGAUCAUAACCCUAUGCAUAUACGCAAAGAUCUUCUUUGUAGCACAGAAACAGGCACGCAGCAUCCAAAACAGAACCUAUCCCAGCAGGACGCCAGGAGCAACUGUCAGGAAGAUGGAGAGCAAGGCCACUAAAACUCUGGCUAUAGUUAUUAGCGCCUUCUUACUCUGUUGUAGUCCUUUCUUUAUAUUCAUUAUGAUAUCUUUUAUCAGCAAGGUGUCAGUGAGAUUUGUGGGAGCUGAAGUUCUUUCCUGGCUGGUAAUGUCAAAUUCAAUGCUCAACCCUUUUAUUUAUGCCUUCUUUUACAGCUGGUACAGGUCUGCCUUUAAAAAAGUUAUAUCUGGAAAAAUAUGUCGAAGUGAUUGUUCAGACACCAGACUUGAAUAA